UGCAGAUCAAGGCGAGAGAGGGACAGCAGGCAUGCACCAAGGACCAUUUAAAUGAUUCUUCCCCAAUAAGAUGGUGUCUGUGUCUGUCUCUCUCUGUCUCUCAAAACUACAAAACCCCCAAAAAUCCCAGAGGGGAAAAAUGAUAGAAACUAACAGGAAACAAGACAACAGCUGCAGCCUGUUCCAUUGGGCCGCCACAGCAGGCUUUCUGGAUAUGCCGUCUCGUCUCGUAGUUUUUAGCUGGACCUUGGUGGAUGGAUACAGGGUGUCAAGGGGGCCGUGAUAGACGACGUUACUCUGCUUUCUGUGGCUGUGUAUGUGGUGCCUUUGGCUUCUUGUGGGUGACAAGGGUGGAUGGAACUGAUCUGGGACAAGGCUUCUGGAAGACCACGACUGUGGGGUUAUCUGUGAAGCUGCCCGAAGUCUGGCGUCUUUAAGUAAGCUGGCAGAGUCUAACUGUCAAUUUGAUGUCUGGCCGCUGGUGCUGUGGGUCAUCACAGUUCACUGUUGCCUGGGUUCAUUGCUGUUUUGUGGUGACUGGGAGAAAGGACCUACCCAGAAUAGCAAGGCUUGUCGGACACCAGCACUUCCUAGAGGAGUGGGGAGGUGAAGACUGUCUCUCCCUCCACAUCGCCACCUCACCAGGACCCAGAAGGCCAACAGAAAGGCAAGGAGGAGAAAGGCUCCUAGAAGGUGAGUACGGACGGUAUGCAAAGUUGUGAACCCAGUGGCGACAGUGCGGAUGACCCUCUCAGUCGCGGUCUGCCGAGAAGGGGACAGCCUCGCGUGGUGGUGAUCGGCGCCGGCUUGGCUGGCCUGGCUGCAGCUACAGCACUUCUCAAGCAGGGCUUCACCGAUGUCACCGUGCUUGAGGCUUCCAGACACAUUGGGGGCCGUGUACAGAGCGUGAGACUUGGACACGCCACCUUUGAGCUGGGAGCCACCUGGAUCCAUGGGUCCCAUGGGAAUCCUAUCUACCAUCUAGCAGAAGCCAAUGGCCUUUUGGAAGAGACAACAGAUGGGGAGCGCAGCGUGGGCCGCAUCAGCCUCUACUCCAAGAAUGGCGUGGCCUGCUACCUUACCAACCGUGGCCGCCGGAUCCCGAAGGAUGUGGUUGAGGAAUUCAGCGAUUUAUACAACGAGGUCUAUAACUUGACCCAGGAGUUUUUCCGGCAUGGUAAACCAGUCAAUGCUGAGAGUCAGAACAGCGUCGGGGUGUUCACCCGGGAGAAGGUGCGCAAUCGCAUCAGGGAUGACCCUGACGACACAGAGGCCACCAAGCGCCUGAAGCUCGCCAUGAUCCAGCAGUACCUGAAGGUGGAGAGCUGCGAGAGCAGUUCUCACAGCAUAGAUGAGGUGUCCCUGAGCGCCUUUGGGGAAUGGACGGAGAUCCCUGGCGCCCAUCACAUCAUCCCCUCGGGCUUCAUGCGAGUUGUGGAGCUGCUGGCUGAGGGCAUUCCCCCACAUGUCAUCCAGCUGGGGAAACCCGUCCGGUGCAUCCACUGGGACCAGGCCUCAGCUCGCCCCCGGGGUCCUGAGAUUGAGCCCUGUGGUGAGGGUGACCACAAUCACGACACUGGGGAGGGUGGCCAGCGUGGAGAGAGUCCCCAGCAGGGGAGGUGGGAUGAGGAUGAGCAGUGGCCGGUAGUCGUGGAGUGCGAGGAUUGUGAGGUGAUCCCAGCGGACCAUGUGAUUGUGACCGUUUCGCUGGGUGUGCUCAAGAGGCAGUACACCAGUUUCUUUAGGCCAUGCCUGCCCACGGAGAAGGUGGCUGCCAUCCACCGCCUGGGCAUUGGUACCACCGACAAGAUCUUCCUUGAAUUCGAGGAGCCCUUCUGGGGCCCUGAGUGCAACAGCCUGCAGUUUGUGUGGGAAGAUGAGGCAGAGAGCUGCACCCUCACCUACCCACCUGAGCUCUGGUACCGCAAGAUCUGUGGCUUCGAUGUCCUGUACCCGCCAGAGCGCUAUGGCCACGUGCUGAGCGGCUGGAUCUGCGGGGAGGAGGCUCUCGUCAUGGAGAGGUGCAAUGAUGAAGCCGUGGCCGAGAUCUGCACUGAGAUGCUACGACAGUUCACGGGGAACCCCAAUAUACCAAAACCUCGGCGAAUCCUGCGCUCAGCCUGGGGCAGCAACCCAUACUUCCGAGGUUCCUAUUCAUACACACAGGUGGGCUCCAGUGGGGCAGAUGUGGAGAAGCUGGCCAAGCCCCUCCCCUACACAGAGAGCUCCAAGACAGCGCAUGGAAGCUCCACAAAGCAGCAUCCUGGUCACCUUUUAUCAUCCAAGUGCCCAGAACAGUCCCUGGACCCCAGUAGGGGCUCCAUAAAGCCCAUGCAGGUGCUGUUCUCCGGGGAGGCCACACACCGCAAGUACUACUCCACCACCCAUGGUGCUCUGCUCUCUGGCCAGCGCGAGGCGGCUCGUCUCAUUGACAUGUACCGAGACCUCUUCCAGCAGGGGCCCUGAGGGUGUCCUCACUGCCAAAUGUGUUCCUUAAAGACCCACUAACUCGUGACUGCUGGUCCGUUCCCUCGCCCAUGUACUUGUAAUUUCCUGAUUGUCUGUAGAAUGGAAUUUUAUCUUUUGUAGUGGACACUGGGCUGGCUUCAGACCUGGCCCUACAGCUUUUCUUUGUCUCCAGGCUGGGUUAUGACCAGGUGGGAUUUGGCUUCCUGCUUCCCCCCUCCCUCCAUGUUAUUGCAAGUGCCUUCAAUACUUUGCAUUUUGGGAUAAUAAAAGAAGUGACCCUUCCCAUGCU